UUGACGCUGUGGGGGGAGAUUUCAGAGCGGGUUUCCGGUACAAGUUCGGCCUUGUACAGUGAUUUUAUAUGAGAUAUCUGCAGCAUGAAUCCUUUUCUAACCAAGGUCCUGUGCUUAAGAAAUUCAGUCCUGUUAAAACAAGCUGCUGCUACAGUUGUCAGGUUAACAUCUUUACAGACUCCCUUGUCAUUAACAGGUAAUAUUCUGUCCAGCAAUAGACAUUACAGAUCAAUGCCCACCCAUGGGAUUGGGAAGUAUAAAUACCUACUGCCAAAAGAAAUUCCACGGAAAAAAAAAGAGAAGCUACAAAUGAAGCAGCUCAAAGCGGGCACUGACACAGAAUAUGGCAUCCUAAAUAUCCAGAUCACCGGCCAUGACAUGACACUUGUGGAGCACUACAGUCAAUACAUCCACAGGUUCUGCAACCGACUGAAGAUCAAAGUAGAGGAAAGCUAUGCAAUGCCUACCAAGUCCACUGAGAUCUCACUGUUACAGGAACAAGGCACUAAGAUGAAUGUUGAAGCUGUUAUUCUCACUCAUGAGAGAAUUGUACAGGUUAGUGGUUUGAGCUCAAUUCUCGUCCCAAUUGUUGUGGAAGUCCUGCAAACUAAUCAGCCAGAAGGUGUGCGUCUGUGCAUCAAGGAACACACUGAAGCUGAUUUCCAUGCCCGUUUCAAGGCUAGACCAGAACUAGAAGGACUGUUAGCACAAAUGAAUUGACUGUUUACCAUUGAAUUAUGGCAUCUAGAUCCGUGAUUGUAUUAUAUAUUUAAUAAAAUAAAUGUUAAAUUUU